GAUUGCAACCUUGCCUCCCAAGCAGCAAGAAUGCGUUAGGCAGUGUUUUUCAGCAGCAAAGAAGAGAAGCUCGAAGGGAAACACCUACUCAAAGGACUGGGUUCUGGAAUGUAUCAUGAUGAAAAUGAAAAGUGCCAGGCUGUAUGAACAUCUUCGCAAACACGACAUCAUUUCCCUACCAAGCAAAAGUACCUUGAAGCGCUACCUCAGAAUCUACAAGAGCGGGUAUGGUUUCAAUCACAAGGUGCUGAAACAACUAAAGCAGAAAACGAGGCACAUCAGUAGCUUUAAAAGACGUGGUGGCCUUUUAGUGGAUGAGAUCAAACUUUCUGAGCACCUCACUGUAACACCUUCUGGACACAUUGAAGGCUUCGUUGACAUGGGACCUACUAUGACUGAGGGGCAGAAUGUUGUCUGUGACCAUGGCAUGAUCAUCAUGUUCGUCCCUUUCACUGGUAAAUGGACUCAAAUUAUAGGUGCGUUUGCCACCAAUGGAAAUGCCAAGGCAGAGGAGCUUGCAAAAGUUCUAAUAGAGGCUACAAUCCUGGCUGAAGCAAGCGGACUCAUUGUUGAUUUCCUCACUUCAGACGGUGCUUCAUGGAACCAUCGAAUGUGGAAAAUCUUGGGAAUCGGCGUUAAGUCAGGGGAAGUUACCUGCAAGCUUGAGCACCCUGUUGAUUCAUCUCGGCAUCUCCAUUUCCUGUCAGAUUUUCCUCAUUUACUCAAGUGCCUCAGGAAUACGCUCCUCAAGUAUCCAUUGAACACCCCGGAUGGAAUGGUCUCCAUGCGGCCUGUAAGGGAAGCAUUCAAGAAAGACUCAAGCAAUGUCACCCUGAAGGCGAUGCCCGGUCUUACAUCUGUCCACCUUCAACCAAAUGGAUUUGAAAAAAUGAGGGUGUCCUUCGCCUUCCAACUCUUCGGAGACCGUGUCAUCAACGGACUCCAGUUCUUCCAGGAUGAGCUAGAGUCCUCGUGCAGCAGCUUCGAUGCAACAUUGUCCUUCUUUAGAACCAUCAACAACCUGAUCAAGAUCAUGACUUCCCGCUUCACAGCAAAAGCUCUGCGUCCAGGGUCCAAAGAAGUGGAGUUCUUGAAGGAAUUUCUUGAUUUUUUGUCUUCUUGGGAGUCCCAUGCAAAAGGAGUGGGGGGCUUUUUGAGCGACUCCACAGCAGAUGGCCUUAGGGUCACAGUAUCCAGCACUUUAGCUCUCUUAGAUUACCUCACAGCACACGGUUUCAGUUACCUCAUGACAUCUCGGUUAAGUCAGGAUCCCCUUGAAAAUUUAUUUGGGAUUGUCAGACAAUCUAGUGGCUCCAACGACCAUCCAACGCCAACGCAAUUCUUAAUUAUUGUCAACUGCCUGUCUUUUUGUAAUUUGGCAAAAGUAGCAAGCUCGGGCAACGCCGAAGUCAAUGAAGAUGUCAGUUCUUUGCUCAAUGCAUCUGAUGGCUCAACUGCAGAAGCCAAAGUUGCCGAAAUCGACAAACAAAUUGAGGCGGGAAACUUGGGGUCCGCAGAGUGCAUGCUCCGUAGCGUUUCUAGCGAACACAAAGCAUACGUAGAGCAAAAAAGUGAUUCCCGGUUAAUACAUUACAUGGCAGGUAAAACGAAGCUGUGCAGCAACAGCAUUGUCGAUAUUAUGUUGCUGGUGGAAUCCCGCUUCCGCCAUACCAUAGGCUGCAGCCAACAUGCAAGUGUGCUCACGGCAGCAUUGGUAAAGUUUUACGUUUUAACAAGGCUUCACUUUUAUGUGAAAGGGCUGAACCAGUCGCGAGAAUCGCGUAGAAAAAAAAAGAUGCACACAAAAAUCAGUCGCUGCUCUUAG